AAGUUACGCGAGUGAUUUCGUUUAUAUUGGAUCGGCCUCAAAUUCAUCCAUUUGAUUUUUUAUUUUUUCGUAUUUGAUUUUUCUAAUAUUUUGGCAUUUGUAUAUUUUAUUUGUAUUGGUUAGAGUUUUAUCUUUGGGCAUUUCUUCGAUUCUUCAUUUUCUCUCUCUCUCUCUCUCUCUCUCUCUCUCUCUCUCUCUAAGAUUCUAUCUUUCGGCAUAAUCUCAAUCGAAUUCGAUUUGGGUAUUCUUUAAUUUAUGAAAAUUCGAUGCUUCCGCUCUCAAAAUUGACAAAAUCUCCUUUGGAUUCGGUCUGGGGUGUUUUCAAUUUCUGUUUUUUGAUGCUCUGGUCGUCUAAGAUUCCGGUUUUCUGCAAAAUCCCGGUGCCAAGGCGUGUUUGAUUCCCAAGCUUCAAUGCCUUUUCUCUCUCGAAGAUUGGAUUUUCAGCGGAAUUGGUGUUAAAUUCCAUCUGGGACGUGCUUGAUUUCUGAAAAUUCCGAGAGAAUUCGGUCCGAGAUAGUGCUGGAUUUCGAUGUCGAUAGCCAGGAGGAAGUUGGGAAGGAUUUGAGAGCGAUACCUGAUGGGAAAUUCAUGUGUGGGGCCCAAUAUCACGAAGAAUGGAUUCUUACAGACGGUCGCAUCUGCUACGGCAGGGCGGCUAUGGCGGGGCCGAGCACCGGAUGAGAAUAUGCUCCCUGCACCUCCUAACGGAGAUGCUUCUGCGGCUGGGAAUGACACCGCUGCUGCAGCGCCGGCCGCUGACCCGAAACCGCCUGACCCGCUGCCCGUCCAAAACAAGCCACCCGAACCAGUUAAGAUGGCUGAGGUGGAAAAUGAGUCCAAACAAGCGGAGCCCAAGCCACCAGAGCCAAAUCCAACAGAGUCCGGGAAGCCCAAGAAGCCUCACCAUAUAAAGAGAGUGUCCAGCGCUGGGCUUCAGAUCGACUCGGUCUUGCAGCGCAAAACUGGGAAUAUUAAGGAAAUCUACAGCUUGGGGCGGAAGCUCGGGCAGGGGCAAUUCGGUACGACGUAUCUGUGCAUAGAGAAGGCAACAGGGAAGGAAUAUGCUUGCAAAUCAAUCGCAAAGAGGAAACUGACGACGGAGGAGGACAUUGAGGAUGUGCGGCGGGAAAUUCAGAUAAUGCACCAUCUGCAGGGCCAUCCCAAUGUGAUCUCGAUCAAGGAUGCUUACGAAGAUGCUGUAGCUGUCCAUGUGGUUAUGGAGCUGUGCGCGGGGGGCGAGCUCUUCGAUCGGAUUAUACAGAGAGGGCAUUACACGGAAAAAAAUUCGGCCGAGCUGGCUCGGGUGAUUGUUGGUGUCGUGGAAGCCUGCCAUUCUUUAGGGGUUAUGCAUCGAGAUCUUAAGCCUGAGAAUUUCCUUUUUGUCAACCAGAUGGAGGAGUCGCCUCUCAAAACAAUCGACUUUGGAUUGUCGAUAUUCUUUCGGCCAGGGGAAAUAUUCAAUGAUGUGGUUGGGAGCCCGUACUAUGUUGCACCAGAAGUGCUGCGGAAGCGCUAUGGUCCGGAAGCUGAUGUCUGGAGUGCUGGUGUGAUCAUAUACAUUCUGUUAAGUGGGGUCCCCCCAUUUUGGGCCGAAACCGAACAAGGAAUAUUUGAACAGGUAUUAAAUGGGGACCUUGACUUUUCAUCGGAUCCGUGGCCCAGUAUCUCAGAUAGUGCAAAAGAUUUAGUGAUGAGAAUGCUUGUCAGGGACCCUAAAAAGCGGCUGACGGCCCAUGCAGUUCUGUGCCACCCUUGGGUUCAGGUCGACGGUGUGGCACCUGAUAAACCCCUUGAUUCAGCCGUUCUAAGUCGCAUGAAGCAAUUUUCUGCUAUGAACAAGCUCAAGAAAAUGGCCCUAAGGGUCAUUGCUGAGAGCUUGUCUGAAGAAGAAAUAGCUGGCCUAAAAGCAAUGUUCAGGAUGAUAGACACAGAUAAUAGUGGGCAAAUCACUUUCGAAGAACUGAAGGCAGGUUUGGAAAGGGUGGGUGCUAAACUUAAGGAGUCUGAGAUAUAUGCACUCAUGGAAGCGGCAGAUAUUGACAAUAGUGGCACCAUAGAUUAUGGGGAGUUCAUAGCCGCGACUUUACACCUAAACAAGAUUGAUAGGGAGGAUCAUUUAUUUGCGGCCUUCUCAUAUUUUGACAAAGACGGAAGUGGGUACAUCACACAAGAUGAGCUCCAGCAGGCCUGCGAGGAGUUUGGUAUUUCAAAUGCCCACCUCGAAGAGAUGAUCCGAGAGGCGGAUCAAGACAAUGACGGACGCAUAGACUACAAUGAGUUUGCGGAAAUGAUGCAGCAAGGAGAUGCCGAUUUUGCAAUGAAGGGCCUGCAAAACAGCAUCAGCAUUGGAUUUAGGGAGGCACGAAAGCUUGGUUGACACUGACUGACAAAUUUAAGGCAGUUUUCGGACAGUAUUUCUGAUGAAGACAUCACGUCAUGUACACUCUUACGUACGUAUUAGAGGAGGCGGGCCGCACCACUUUCUCUGUGGCUAAGCGAGUUCCCGUGAUCGUGCAGAAGACCCCAUGUGCAUGUGCGAGCAUCUGGAAGACCCCACAUUGGGAAGAUGCACAUGGGCUGCUUUAUGGAGUGAUCUAGACCGUUGGAUCGGAGGGACGCGACGAUUGGGCCAUUGGAUCGCAUGGAUCACAUGAUCGGGCCAUUGAUUGUUGAUUGUCCACAUCAGUUUUAGGCUUUAUCAUAUUUUAGGAUUUCACUUUUGAUUAUUUUAUAUUUGGACACAUUAUG